UCCGGUCAAUGAUCCAAAAUGACUCUCCACAGCAAUGGAUAAUUUGAUUUAAUUAAUAUACAGUAGAACUAGUAUAGGUUAGAAUGCAAAAUAGAGUACCUGUCAUCUGAUAGUAAAACAAAGUUUUCCCAUGUACAUAUCAUAAGUUCGCUGGCUUCAAAGUUGGUACUAUUUUGAUCGUACCAGUGUGUUUCAUCCAUCAUCCAUCAAAAGUGCACUAUAAGGACAUAGACAUGUUCAACAAACUUUUACUAGUAAGCCUCUAUACUGCUCUCGGUUACAUUCCAUGCCAAUGUGUACCUAGUGAUAAAGUACUAUCGCAACUCGUAUUCCACGAUUUGCCUCCAAAUGAGUACGAAGACAUAGUAUCAUCCGAAUCCAGUUUAAGUUUUAGUGAUUGCGGAAAAAACGAAGAAUGUGUUGUAGCCGGAAGGUGUCUUAUAGAAGCCAAUGGAAAGGUUAACAGUCGACAAUGUUUAACGGCAUUUAGAACGGCUGGCGUGUGUUGCUUACUUAACGAAAAUCGUCUCAGGCAAGUUUCAGUGAAGCGUUCAAUCCACCGUAAAGAUUUUGGAAACGUUUUUUUGAAUGCAGUACAUGAUGGUCGUCAGAUGUAUGCUGAAAAAACUGGAGGAUCGAAAGUUCCCGGUAAAAUCGCUAGUGAACAACAGAAGCCGUAUUCAUCCUUCCAUCAGUUACUACAGCCGGGGCAGCAUGCGUCGCACGAGGAAAGAGAUCAGCAUGACAUAUAUAAAAGUGUGUUCAUUAGCAAACAGUUUGCUGAAAUGACCAACAUGUCACUUGCGGAUCGUCAGCUAGAUAGAUUCGAAGCAAUGCCCAAGCUUCAUAAAAAGCGUUGUAUUCCGGCGGUUGAAUGCAAUCCUCGUUCUCGGUACCGUUCUAUCGAUGGUACUUGCAAUAACCUUCACCCGGAGCGAACGUCAUGGGGAGCUGCAGGUCAACCGUUCAAGAAAGUUCUUCCACCAGCUUACGAGGAUGGUGUUUGGGCACCAAGGACACACUCGGUUAACGGCAACAAACUGGCCAGUCCAAGGACAAUUUCCGCUACCAUAAUACAAGAUGUUGAUCGACCGGAACCGCAUUUGAACCUCCUAUUGGCGGAGUUCGGCCAGUUUCUAGUCCAUGAUUUCGUUAAAAGCGCCAGUAUUAAAAUAGGAAAUAAGGAGAUUGAAUGUUGUACAACUGACGGGUCGCAGACCCUGCCGGGAGAUGAGCUUCAUUUCGCUUGCAUGCCGAUCGAUGUAAGCCCGCAUGAUCCGUUUUACUCGAAGUUCGGAGUACGCUGUCUAAACUUUGUUCGACUUGCCUUAGCUAGUGAAGGUAACUGUCGUAUGGGAUAUGCUAAACAGGUCAACACGGUUACACACUUUAUUGACGCAUCACAAGUUUAUGGUUCAGAUGAUGAACUAGCAGCUUCUCUACGGACAUUCCACAAGGGACAACUCAGGAACUCUUUUCCAGUGGGAAUAGAAAUGUUACCAUUCAGCCAAAAUCCUGGUAUAUGCGAACCGUGGGCAAAAGUUUGCUUCGAAGCGGGAGAAGAUCGAGCUAAUGAAAUCAUUUCACUAGUUCACGUGCAUACAUUAUUUUUGAGAGAGCAUAAUCGUAUAGCCAACAUUCUAAGCCAAGUGAAUUCACACUGGAAUGAUGAAAUCUUAUACCAAGAAACACGUAAAAUCGUGAUUGCUGAGUUCCAGCACAUCGUUUACAACGAAUAUCUCCCGAUAAUAAUUGGGGUAAGAAAAGCGAGACAAUACGGAUUGUUGGACGAAGUUCAUGGUCACAGCGAGCUAUACAAUGACAAGUUAAAACCAGCCGCAUUAACCGAGGUAGGCGGAGCGGCUUUCCGUUUUGGCCAUUCAACUAUUGACGGCAAUCUGCAUAUCCAACACCGCAAUACUCGAGCGGAAGACAUUCCUAUCCACACUGCAUUCAACGAUCCUUCGAGACUACUUAAUCCUACCAGCUUCGACGAUUACAUGUUUUCCCUCGGCAAUCAGGCGCAACAGCAAUUGGAUGAGUUUGUUACCACUGGAUUGGCCGGUUUACUGUUUGCAGGACGAGCCCCUAUUGGUUCUGAUUUACCUUCGCUUAAUAUUCAGCGAGGACGCGAUUAUGCCCUUCGUCCCUAUAAUGAAUACCGCGUCUGGGCUGGCUUGUCAAAAAUAAAAAGCUUCCAGGAAAUGGGUCCAAUUGGCAAUGAAUUUGCCAAAGUUUACGAGUCUCCCGAUGACAUUGACCUUUGGAUCGGAGGUCUUUUAGAAGUUGCGUUGCCAGAUGGCCUGCUAGGAGAAACGUUUGCACAUUUGAUUGCGGAACAGUUUGCUCGCCUCAAGUACAGUGAUCGUUAUUAUUAUACCAACAGUCCAGACAUUAAACCAGACGCUUUCACCUCCCAUCAGUUGAGACAAUUCCAGCGGAUCACUUUGGCUAGUGUGAUUUGCGCCAACCUUGACAAGCGUAGAGAUUUUUAUCAGGCUCCGCAUGCCUUUUUGAAGUCUGGGUCACACAAUUUACCAGUGCCGUGCAAUCAGUAUCACAACUUAGACUUUGAGGCGUGGCGGAAUUAGUUUUAAAGUGGAAUGUUAAUAUUUUUUUGUGAGUAAAUUUUUUCGCCAGGUUUUUUACUCAUUUGUUUGUAAUAGUAAUUUAUUUCUUCGUGUUUGAUUGUAACAAUACAAUAAAAAUUAUUAUCUUA